AUGGAUUAUGUUAAUUCACUUCUUUCUUCGAUUCUACGAGCAAAUACAACAUCUGUUCUCAAUAAACUUGAAGAGCAUCGUCAACGACAAAGUACAAUAACAUUUCAAUCAAUACUAUUAUUAUUAACAAAAGAAUUUAAUAGUUCGACUUGGAUUGAAAAUAUUAAUAAAGGAAAUCAAGUAAUAAAACAUUCAACAUAUAUUUCAAAGCGUUAUAAAUUAAAAACUGCUGAUAAAACAGAUGUUGAUCAUUGUGUACUAAUUAUUCUACAUUAUAUUGUAUCUGUUAUUCAUAAAUAUAAAAUAACUGAUAGUGAUUCAAUAUGGACAGAAAUAUUAGAUAAUCCAUUAACAAGAACAAGUUCAUUUUAUGAAUUUCUAUAUAAAAAUCGGAUUAUUAUUCCGGAUGCGAUAUGCACACCUGUUUUUGAAAAUCGUUCUAGACUGUCUUCUGAAAAUCGUCCUAGACGACAUCAAUCUAGACCUCAAGUACCUGUUGAUAGAAUGACAUUAUUUCUACUGGGUUUUACUGAUGGAAGAGGAAUGAGAUCGCGCAUGGGAAUCAAAGAUUAUGAAAAAUUAUUUUCCAUACUUCGACAACAAGAAUCAUUUCAUAAUAAUCAUAAACCUGAACGACUUAUAUAUUUAAUGAGAACACCUGAAGAACUUUCAUUAUUCUUAUCUCAUUUUUCUGAUUAUGAUCUCAAUAGUAUUGAUUUAAAGACAGAUUUUACUGUACUUGAUCGAAUUAUUAAUAUGAAACCAUAUUUCUAUGUCAUAUCAGACGAUAAUAAUCCUUUACAUCGAAGGUAUUCUGAAUGGUUAAAACCACGAUUAGUUGCUCAACAGGAACCUAAUAAGUAUCCAAAUGAAAUAACUAAAUAUCGAACAGCACGUCUCAUUAAUCUAUUUCGAUCAGUUAUCCUUCGAGGUGGACAACUAUCAAAGCUUACGUUUAAUGUUUAUACAGAUGCACAAUGUCCUAUAGAUCGAUUUUUUGUAACAACAAUUGGUAUCUAUGCAUUAAUUGGUUUACGUCUAAAUGAUAUAUAUCCACGUCGAUUAUCUUUUCAAUGUGAUACAAAUUUUAUAGCGCAUGUAAUUAACGUAUCAAACGCAUUUCAUCCAGAAUUUCAAGAAUUUAUUUUAAAAUAUCUUGCAAAAUCUUAUUCAAUUAUUCAUACUAAAAAAUUUAUUGAACAACAACGAAAAAAUGAAGAUGUUCAUACACAAAAAAUAAAUGAUCAAUUAUUUCAAAAUCUAUUAACAUUAAAAGAAUGGUGUCGUUUAAAAAUUAAAGAUAUUAUUUGUUCACAAAAACAUAUCGAUCAAUUAGAUUUAUCACGAUCCCUAACAGAUUAUUGUUCAUAUGGCCUUCUUUCUUCAAAUUAUGCUACGAAAUGUAUUGACGAAGUCACUAAACACAACGGAAAUGUUCGACCAUUGAAAGAAAUCGAAAAUCCUCGGUUACAUGUCGAUGAAAUUGACAACUGA